CUGAGCCUGUACUACGAGAGCCUGUGCCCGGCGUGCCGCGAGUUCCUGGUGCUGAAACUCUUCCCCACCUGGCUGCUGCUGCCCGAUGAGAUGCUAAACAUCACCCUGGUGCCCUAUGGCAAUGCCCAGGAGAGGAACAUCAGCGGCAAGUUGGAUUUCCAGUGCCAGCACGGCCCUGAGGAAUGCCUGGGCAACAUGAUGGAGGCCUGUCUGAUGCACGAGGCCAAGAACUUCAGCACCUACUUCCCCGUCAUCUUCUGCCUGGAGUCGGGCAGCUCCGUCACCAAGAACCUGGAGGCU